AUGCCAGUGCUUACAGUAGAACGCCGGAGGCGUCGAAAACCAGGCCUUCGUGAGCAUUUUACCAGAAGCCAUCGGCGUCGGAGACGAAAGGGGGAGCGAGAACAGCAGCCAAAAACGCGGCAACUUCCUGGCCAAGUCGGGCUUGCUAUUUCUUCCACUGAAGGCAUUCGUCACGGAAACACUGUUCAUACAGAGCCCAGUUUGGGUACGAAUAUUUGCUUCUCUGACAUUGGACGCCAACGCCAACGCGGGCAUUGCCAGCUAGCCGACGUUCUUGUCCACCACCCACCACGACUAACCUCAUCAACUAGUGGAAUUUCUGUCUCUAAGCCUCGGCGACGUGCUCGAAGUCGGGGAGAAACAUCUAACAUUCGGGCAAGGCCAUGUGACAGAGCGCCAAGAGGAGCUGAUUAUGCCAUUGAUGCUCGUGGGCGAUCAUCUUCAGAGGCCUCCACCCCGGUGCCAGGAGGGGCUAGAGAGUUUAAUGCCACAAGCCAGAGACGACAGUCACUAAAAAGCCUUGAUGCAAUACACAGAUCAGCAUUCUCCCUAUCU